UCAAAAAAUCACUUCCAAUUCAAAAAUACAUUACAAUUUUUAUAAAUUUAUGCAAAUUAUUAGUUUGAUUAAGUAGUUGCUAGGGAGGCACAAAUUAUGUAUAACAAAUGCAAUCUCAUCAAUGCACACUGUCAGUACCAGAAAACUUGUUGCUGCAGGCCCCACUCGCAUUUCCCGCGAAACCGCUAUAUUUUUCGACUGUUUACCCGCUGGGACGUGUUCUUCUGGCCAAGCCGCGUCAUUCAUGCGAAAUCUGAUGAACCAGGUACCACAACAGAACGGUUCACGUGCUUGGAACAUAAGCACCUUUUUGGCAAAUAAGACAGCCCCUAUAAAAGCUACUAUCCAACGGAUCGUCACUUCAGUUACAUUCUUAGAUUCGUUUCGGUUCACAAGCUUCGGUUAGAGAUUUUGGUGCUUCAAUGAAAUUGUGGGGAGCUUUUCUGGUUGUCGCUCUGGCGACGGCCUCCUCGGCGUACUUCAAGCCUCCGCCACCACCGCCGGAAGUGGAAGAAUCGCACUUUGCGUACCAGGAAAAGACGUUCCGUCGGGCGUUGGACGAGUGUGCUGAAUAUCUGGAAGUUCCGGCGGAAACGGUGGAACAUUUGGUGUCCCAUCGGUUCCAGACGAGCGAACAGAACUUGAAGUGUUUGAUCCGUUGUGCCGGAAUCAACGCCGGUUGGUGGAACGAUACUGCGGGAGUUCAGGGUCCAGUGAUCGAGAGUUACUUCCAGCCGUCUCCGGACGAUACCUGCUUCGAUCGUCGUACCCGCGAGUGUCUUGAAGCUCGUGCUCCUCUCUGCCAGGACGAUUGCUCGCGAGCGUACGAAGCGUUCCUGUGCUACUACCAUCAGUACGGAAACCUCAGGUGGUCCCAGGAGUACAUCCCGCUGCCCCAUCUGGAAGCCGUCCAAGCCUCGAUCGAUUGCAUCAACAUUCUGCGCAUCCCUCGGGAACUCAUCGAACAGUACAGCCGUGCCAUCGUCCCGAACGUGCCGGAAACUCAAUGCCUCUACCGGUGCCAAUAUCUGGCGGAAGGUCUCUACGAUCCUCAGUACGGCUUCAACCACACCCGGUUCUACAUCCGUCAUCACGAUCAACCAGCCCGCGAGUUCCUGAGCGAUGAAACCCGCUCGUGUACGGAACACGCCCUCCGAGACAGCUGCGAUGAGUGUGCCCGGGUCUACCGAGCUCGCAAGUGCUUCGACAGCUACAGCACGCCGUUCUUCACGUCCAGAAUCAUCCAGCACGCAGCGCAAAUCAUCCUUGGGCAGCGCGGAUGUGACGAGGAUGAACUGAAGCCACGGUACAACUCUAUCGCUUCGGGAUCGUACGUCCCAGCGUCGCAUCCUCCUCCUCCACCACCGCCAUCGUCGUACCACGUGUCGGACGGGGGCUGCAAGUACAACUGCAAAAACUAGAUGAGAGCAGAGCAGAUUCCAGGAAAUUGUGUUAACUUGAACCAAUAAAUAUAUUUCAGCGAAGAUCGUGAAAGCUGACCAAUAUUAA